GAAGAAGAGGCUGUGAGACCGAGAGGCGGAUGGCGUGUGGAGUCUUGCGGGCGGAGAGGGAAGAGCGAAGUUCGCGGCGCUGGCGGCCGUUGGUCGCGCCUGCUGUGACGUGCGGCGGCAGAGGCCACAGGGAUUCGCGGGGCGGCCUCGGUGGCGCCGAGGGCCGGUGGACGUGACCCUGAAGCUGGCACGGGGCGUGUCCGGAGUCCUCUUGUUGCGCUUUCUGUUUCUCUUUUCCGCCUGUUUGUCGUCUGCCUCUCUGUCGCUUUCCUAUGUAGUGCAAGCCCAGAAAGGCCAGAGGCCCUCUUCUUCUAAUUCCCCGUAACCCCGGCGCCUUGGGCAUAGAGGUGUUCGAGUCUUUCCUGAAAUAUUGCUCUGAAUUAACCUGCCCACACGUGGAAUAUAAUCCCCGGCUGGAAAACGCCGGUAGUCCGAGCAGCCGUUUGCUAGACGUUUAUCGUGUCCGAUCCUGCACUUUACACGCACUGUCUCUUUCCUCCCAACCGCCUUACGGGGUUUCUAUCCCUAGAAUGCCGGUUGUUCUGACGAGGAAACUGAGGCAUAGGAGGGCUGGUGGGCUCAAGAUCACAGAGUGAGAUAGCGAGUACGUUUUCUCUGCACUUGUUAGCUACAAGGAGGCCAUCGUUUUUAGUGUAAACACAUUGCUGUAGGUGUAAAUUAUGGUCUAAUUCCAAGCAGUUAAUCUACCAAGAAAUCUUUUCUGCUUCUCUUUCAUUUGUUGGAGAGAUGUAUAUCCCCAAAUAGUUUGCACAUCUAAAGCUUAAACUUGCAGACAUGUUCUGAGCGCUUAUCGUUUGUAUCAUUGUAUUGGAAGUUAUUGCAUUGCUUCAGUAGAUAUGAACAGUUCUGAGGAGCCAAAAGAUAAAGCUUGAAAGGGCACUGGAAGUGAGAUGCUGAAUCAAAAGCACAAAAUAAAGCUGAGAGGUUUUUUUUGCAACUUAUCCUAUCAUUUAGGUAUGUAAUACUUUGUGUCUAGACACCGAAUCUCAGAGCUGGGAGGAAACUUAAAGGUUACUCAGUCCAGUUCUUUCAUUUUAGUGCCAAGAAAGCUGAUCUGAAAGAAAUUAGAUGACCUGCCCCAAAUUGAAGAGAACGUUAAAACUGAGUUGAGGCAGGUAUUUGAAUGUCCUAAAUAGGAGUUUAAUAUAUUAGCUUCAUGGGAUUAACAUCAUGAUAUUCCAUAUCCAAAAUUUGAUUUGAUUUUCAUAACAAUAUGUAGUUAGUGUAAUUGGUAUUAUACCCAUUCCCUUCAAUGGGAGGCACAUUGUUUUAGUGUGAAAAGCAGGUAGCUACCUUAGAAAGAUCCUGGGCUUGAAACCAGACCUCAGUUCAGAUUGUAUUUUGCUGCACCAAGGUCUCAGUUCCUCAUCAGAAAAAUGCUGUGCUAACGCUUUCAGUGAAGGAUGACCAAAGGAGUAGAGAUUGUAUAACACACUUGGCAUCGACUAAGUGCUUAACCAGUAGCUGGUUUUUAGAAAGUUUUUGGUUAUAAGAAAUAGUCUAGAGGAGAGAAAGGACAGGCUUUGGAGUGGCUCAAAGAUGGAUCAUAACCCUGACUCUUGUGUUCACCUCGGCAUGUAUUCUGUCUCUCCCAGCUGUGGCUUCCUCACCUCUUAGAUGGAAGUUCCAAUGCCACCUCACAGUGGUAUGGGGAUUGGAGCUAAAGUAUGUAAACUGCCUCUCCUUUUAGCUUUACUUGGAGACCUGUUGAAGCCUCCUUAUUGUCAUCAAAGGAGAGAAGUGACAGCAUGGUACCAUAAGGGGGAAAAACCUUGAGUUUAAUAGCCUAAAAAUUUGGUUACAGAUCCUUGUGUUCUUUCUGCCCGUGGUUUUCUGAACCAAUCACCUAACCUGAAGCCUCAAACUUUGCAUCAGCAAAAAUGCUCAGUGACAGGCACCUCUGAAGCAAAAAUCUCAGGAUAAAAGAAGUGUCAUCUGAGGCAAAAAAAAAAGAAAAGAAAGAAAUCAAGAUUAAGAAAGGAGGAACUAGAAUGGGAUUCAUACACCCUCUCUCCUGCCUCCAAGGGAAGGAGCUACUGCUUGAUCCGCCAGCAGACAUGAUGAGCAUCAAGGCCUUCUCGCUGGUCUCUGCCGUGGAGCGGGAGCUGCUGAUGGGCGACAAGGAGCGCGUCCACAUCGAGUGCGUGGAGUGCUGCGGCCGGGACCUCUACGUGGGGGCCACUGACGGCUCCAUCUACCACUUCCUGCUAGAGGAGAAGCCCGCGCCUGCCGGGCCAGCUGUGUUCACGGCCACCAAGCAGCUGCACAGACACCUGGGUUUCAAGAAGCCGGUGAGCGAGCUGCGUGCGGCCUCGGCCCUCCACCGGCUGCUGGUGCUGUGCGACAACUCCAUCACGCUGGUCAGCACGGUGAACCUGGAGCCCGUCCCCUCGGGGGCCCGCAUCAAAGGGGCAGCCACGUUCGCGCUGAACGAGAACCCCGUGAGCGGGGACCCGUUCUGCGUGGAAGUCUGCAUCAUCUCCAUCAAGCGCAGAACCAUCCAGAUGUUUCUGGUGUACGAGGACCGGGUGCAGAUCGUCAAGGAGGUGUCCACCCCGGAGCAGCCGCUGGCCGUGGCCGUGGACGGCCACUUCCUGUGCCUGGCGCUGACCACUCAGUACAUCAUCCUGAACUACAGCACGGGCGUCUCCCAGGACUUGUUUCCCUACUGCAGCGAGGAGAAGCGGCCGAUCGUCAAGAGGAUUGGGAGGCAGGAGUUCCUGCUGGCGGGCCCAGGAGGGCUGGGCAUGUUUGCCACAGUUGCAGGGAUAUCCCAGCGCGCCCCUGUGCACUGGUCCGAGAAUGUGAUUGGGGCGGCUGUCUCUUUUCCAUACGUCAUUGCUCUCGAUGAUGAGUUCAUCACGGUUCACAGCAUGUUGGAUCAGCAGCAGAAGCAGACCCUGCCCUUUAAGGAAGGCCACAUCCUACAGGACUUUGAAGGAAGAGUGAUUGUUGCCACCAAUAAAGGAGUUUACAUCUUGGUUCCAUUACCUCUGGAAAAACAGAUACAAGAUCUUCUAGCAAGUCGUCGAGUGGAAGAGGCUUUGGUUUUAGCAAAAGGAGCCCGGAGGAACAUUCCAAAAGAAAAAUUUCAGGUAAUGUACAGAAGGAUUCUGCAGCAGGCGGGGUUUAUACAGUUUGCACAACUUCAGUUCCUGGAAGCCAAAGAGCUCUUCAGAAGCGGCCAGCUUGACGUCCGGGAGCUGAUCUCUCUCUACCCCUUCCUGCUGCCCACCUCCUCCUCCUUCGCCCGGUCCCACCCUCCUCUCCACGAGUACGCAGACCUGCACCAGCUGACCCAGGGGGACCAGGAGAAGAUGGUCAAGUGCAAACGCUUCCUCAUGAGCUACCUGAACGAAGUCCGCAGCACGGAGGUUGCAAACGGCUACAAAGAAGACAUUGACACAGCCUUACUCAAACUGUACGCGGAGGCCAACCACGACAGCCUGCUGGACCUCCUGGUCACCGAGAACUUCUGUCUCCUAACGGACAGCGCCGCCUGGCUAGAGAAGCACAAAAAGUAUUUUGCCCUUGGACUGCUCUAUCAUUACAAUAACCAAGACGCUGCUGCAGUUCAGUUGUGGGUGAACAUUGUGAACGGAGACAUUCAGGACUCUACACGCUCUGACCUGUACGAGUAUGUCGUUGACUUCCUUGCCUGCUGCCUGGACCAGGAGCUGGUGUGGGCCUAUGCUGACUGGGUCCUGCAGCAAAGUCAGGAGGUUGGAGUCCAAGUUUUCACCAAGAGACCUUUGGACGAACAGCAGAAUAGUUUUAAUCCAGAUGAUAUUAUCAGUUGCCUUAAAAAAUACCCUAGAGCCCUUGUUAAAUAUCUGGAACAUCUUGUGAUAGACAGGAGACUGCAGAAAGAAGAGUACCACACUCACCUAGCCGUCCUCUACCUGGACGAGGUGCUGCAGCAGAGGGCCCCCGCCAGUGGCAUGGGUGUGGAAGCCACUGAGACACAGGCCAAGCUGCGGCGUCUGCUCCAGAAGUCCGACCUGUACCGAGUCCACUUUCUCAUAGAGAGGCUCCAGGGUGCCGGCCUGCCCAUGGAGAGCGCCAUCCUGCACGGAAAGCUGGGCGAGCACGAGGAGGCCCUGCACAUCCUGGUGCACGAGCUGCGGGACCCGGCGGCGGCCGAGGACUACUGCCUGUGGUGCUCCGAGGGUCGAGACCAGCCGCAGCGCCAGCGCCUCUUCCACACACUGCUCGCCAUCUACCUGCGCGCCGGCCCCUCCGCCCACGAGCUGGCCGUGGCCGCCGUGGACCUGCUGAACCGCCACGCCACCGAGUUCGACGCCGCCCAGGUGCUGCAGCUGCUGCCCGACACCUGGUCCGUGCAGCUCCUCUGCCCGUUCCUGACGGGGGCCAUGAGGGAAAGCGUCCACGCCAGGAGGACCGCGCAGGUGGCCCUCGGCCUGGCCAGGUCAGAGAAUCUAAUCUACACCUACGAUAAGAUGAAGUUGAAAGGAAGUGCAAUUCGGCUCUCAGACAAAAAGCUCUGUCAGAUGUGCCAAAACCCCUUCCGUGAGCCUGUGUUUGUUAGAUACCCAAAUGGUGGUCUUGUGCACACCCACUGUGCUGCCAGCAGACACACGAACCCGAGCUCCCCCAGCCCCGGCACUCGGACUUGAAAAGCUCAGUCCAAGGGCAUGAGGGGAGCUCUGAGUUCUUUACCAAGCCUGCUGGAUGUAAAGAACAGACAGCCGCCGCUCUGUGUGUCAGCCGGGAUGGAGGGGCGACAUCGGGUGCUGGGGAGACUUCUGUCCAAGGGCAACAAGAACUCCUCGCUGUUGGCUGCUCUUGAUGAAUGUACAUGGAGAAUCCCCGAAAAUCCCGAAAAUGGAGGCAUGCGAGAGUUCACCUGUCCGGGUGCACAGUGAUGCAGAACAGAGGUCUACUUUGAAAGAAAAGGGAGUCUUCUCUGUGCAGUCUAGCCACAGGUGGGGGACUCUGCACCACCCCUGCGCCCCUGCCUCUAGACCGCAUCUGCAUCGGGAACACGUGGCCUCGACAUGGCUGGAGAGGAAACCCUCUCUUGUGCGGACAGUGGCGGGGGUGCAGAGCACUGGGGUGGCAGCUGUGCCUCUCGUGGAGGCAUGUUGCCACCCACACGGUUCCCGAGAUGUCCGCAUGGACUCUGCCUGGGCCCUCAGAAAUGCCUGACCUUGGGGAAGUAUCUUUGCCCCUCCUUACUUCCCACGUGGCUCUCAACCCCCAGAAGUCUGCCUUGUUGACCCAGGCGCUCACUUUGGGGAAACCUCAUGCUCCAGCUGUCCAGCGAGUAAAGAUCUGUUGGAAAGCAAGAGAGCUCCACAAGAGACGCUGCUGUCCCCAUUUCAGAGGAGGCAGUGGACUCAGGACGUGGUGGGUGUGGGGUAGGUGUGUGCUCCUUUCCUGUCUGUCAUCUGAUCAUUUAAAACUCCACCAUUAACAUGUUGGACUAAACGUUUUUAUUUAAAUUUGUAUCCCCUUUGCGGUUUUUUCUCAUGUUUAGAAAUGCACCCGUGCUGUUUAUGAGAGGUAAUUUCUCCUGUUAAAAUGUACCUCCUGUCGCAUUCUUGGGAAGUUGAAAGGGAAAUGUGGUGAGCACACAGGGGCUUUUCAGAGAGGCCGCCUUGACCUUAUGCUUGCGGCAGGGCAGUGGAGUGAGGCUGCACUUGGCAGAGGCAUGGCCUGACGCGUGGGUACCUGAGCACUGCACAUCCUCUUGGGCACUCCCAGCAGGCCACUUUGCCUCUCAGCACACUGUGUACCUGCUUUGAGGUUUCCAGAACACACAGAAAAGAUGCCUCUCACUCACAGGAGACCAGGGAUUCCUUUUGUGUUUCUGCGUAACAUUGCUGACAAGCUGAAGCCAUUUUUACUUCACUGCCCUCUUUUGAAUUUCUUCAUUGUGAUUACUGAUUCUGUUAGGGACUAGCAAUAUAGACAGUGUUCCCUGACCAUAACACUUAGAAAACAAAACAUUCACUUGUACGUCUGACAAGGGAGGACACCGAAAUAUACCCUCUUUCUCGGCCCAAGCCUUACUGAGGUGGGGAUAAAGAGCUCAUUCCUGUUUUUAAAAAAAUGUUUCCUGUACUCAUAACGGUCAGUGUAUUUUUUCCUUUCGGGAUUCUAAGUAGGCCAAGAAGCAAAAGCAACCAUGUGUUCUUUGGGGGGAAUUGGCACCAUUGUUUUUUCCUACCUAUGUUUCAAUGAUCUAAAGAAUAAAUAAUGAAGAGAUUCUCUUUGUAGCUCAACUGUAUGCUGUGUACAUUGGUGUGAACUCAAAGAUGGUCUUGAGUUUAACCCUGUGGAUGACUGUUACAGAAUGGUCAUGCUGUUGCGUAGAUUAGCGUUACUACUUGUGAGACCGAGUUUACAUUUCUCAAAGAACAAGGUACUAGUGUAUGCAACAAGGCACUGUUAAGAGCACUGUUGCUCUACAAAUGAAAAAAAAGGAUGAAGUCUUGAAAAAGCCUAACAAUUGCUCUUUCCUAACUUGUGGACACUAACUAGUCUUUUUUUGUUUCCUCUGAACAUUGAUCAAUAUUUUGAAAUGUUUGUCAUCCUUUAGAAUUAUGGGAAUUAAAGCCGAGCAGUUCACCGUUUCUGCAAAAUCUCUUAACACAAGCGGAAGUCUCUGACACCGUGGAGAACUGCCUCCUAACUUUCUCUCAUUCCUACAUGGUCCUGUUCUCAAAUCCUGUUUCUGAGAGAGAUUCCUGCUGAUUUGUGACCGUGCAGUUGAGGAGAGCAGUUCACUCCGCCACUCAGACCUUCCUCUCAUUAAACUCAGCGUAACCAUUGUAGUUAAAACAACACGAACUGCAUUCCAUUGACAUUAAUAUUCCAUGGGCAGUCCUGUUUGAAUUUAUGAACUGUUUGUCUGCUGCUGCCUGUCAAGUAUUAAUGCAGGAGUGUCACGUGGGCUACGGCGCGUAGGGCCUCCGCUCGCCUGCGAGUCCCCUGCUGACAUAGGCUGAAACAUGCGUGCUUCCCUCGGGGGCGCCGGCAGGUGGAUGUCUGCUGCACAGCUAGGGUAUCCCUUGCUUUCCUGCUUGCUCUCCCACGGAAACCUUUGUCCUUGCAACUUUAUCCUUCGCCCUGAUGGGCUCCCAGACACACGAGAUGUACAAAUGUAAACCUGUUGAUUUUAUUAAAAUUCUUUUAGUUCUUC